AUGCGCAUCCACGAGAGCGGAAUUGACCGCAGCCUUGACACACCCACAACGCUAGGCUCCACUCCCAGUCCAUCACCUUGUGCACCCAUCAACCUCUCCGCAACCGCCGUCGAUGCCACCGACCUUCCCACCCCUCACUCCGCCCCUUCCCACUCCUCUUCCUCCUUCACUGCCACAACGACGGCCGCUUCGGCGUCUGUCGCCCACCGCUUCACCACAGCCGCACCUGACACAACAACAGGCACAACCCCUGCAACCUCCAUCAUCAGAAGUGAGGGCAUAGACUACAUCUGCCCUCACUGCGAUCGCACCUUCACUUCACGCAUCGGCCUGGUCGGUCACUUGCGAAUCCAUCGCACAGAGACUGGCGAACCAGUGCCUGGAGCACCAACCUACACCCACCGCACUCGCCUCCACUGUCCACACUGCCCUCGCACCUACACGCAUCGCAUAGGUCUAUUCGCCACAUGCGCAUCCACGAGAGCGGAAUUGACCACAAUUCCGAUACACCAACCACGCCCUUCAUGCCCAGCACCACCCUCGCACCAUCGGUCUGCACCACCACCAACGCCUAUUCUGUAG